AUGACGAACUCGGCCGACGAGGACCCCUUCGACCGCCUCCCGGACGACGUCGUACUCUCAAUCUUCGACAGGCUGCAGGACGCCCGGUCCCUCUGCCUCUCCAUGGCCGUCUGCACGCGCUUUCGCGCCAUCGCUCCUCUGGUCUUUCACAUCUUCCUCCCCGUCCCCAGCAGGAAACCCGCCCCGCCCAGACAACCCCACCGGAGGACGGCCUCCCUCCGGUGCCUCAUCGCCGGAGCCCUCACCCGGCCCCUCCAAUUUAUCUCCCGGAUGAUCCGACCCGUGUCCAGGGACGCCGUGGAGAAGAUCGGCGACCUCGAAUAUUACUCCCGCCGCCUCCCCGGCCUCAUCCUCCCCCACUUCCACCAGAUCCGGGUCCUCCGCCUCCGACUGCCCUGCAACGGCUGUCACAAACUCGAACCGGAACCAUCCAAAUCCGGCGGCCACGAGGCCCUACUGAAGUGGACGGCCGAUUUCGGGCGGGAGAUCCGCGGCUGCGUGGUCCUCGGCGCCCGGCGGUGGUCCCCGGUUGGCGGAGGGCUGUCCGGGCUGUCGGAUACGGAGGGCCGAUCGCUGGGGGACGAUGAGCUGAAGCUGCGGAUUGUGUGGACGAUAUCGUGCCUGAUCGCGGCGUCGACGAGGCACUAUUUGGUGCAGGAGACGGUGCGGGGGCUGGAGAGGGUGGAGCACGUGGAGAUCACGGACGAGAGCGGGCAGGGGAGGCUGUGGAUGGGCGGGGAUGGGGUGUCCGAGCUGAAGGGAGCGGUGGCGCUGGAGCACAGGGGGCGGCUGCCGGCGCUGAGGAUGCGGAUGUGGUUCCUGGAGAGGGCGGAGGCGGCGGGGAUGAUGAUGGAGGGGGGGACGCUGGUGGUGGUGAGGCCAGCGGCGGCGGGAGGGAGUGACGUGGACAUGGUGGCGGCGUUCAGUGGGGACGAGGCGGUGGAGGAGGCUGCAAGGAAGCUCAUGGGGUCUAAGAGGUGUUAUACGCUAGAGAUGAACUCGUUUUGA